ACGGAGACAUACACGGACAGACGGAACCCGGUGACUGCACCCACGAGACACGCAAGGCAAGUAAAUUACUGAUGACGGUUUUAUGAGACAUUAACUGGAUUCCAGGGAUGUGUUUUUCUGUUGUUUUUCUCAUUGCAGUAUUGCUGCAUCAUGCAUUCUCUUGAAACCUGCUUCUGUUUCACAGAGUCCAAAGUUUGUCUCAUUAACGUUAUUGUAUAACGGUGUAGGGGACCUUUUUAUUUUAUAAUACAUUUUUAUCAAGAGCAGAAGCAGGAGAGCUCGCCUGAAUCAGUCUACAGUAGGUUAUUUUCUUUUAAGAUAUUUAUGUGUCAUGACUUGUCAAACAUUUUUAGCAUCAAAUUCUGAUAAAAGUGUGAAACAUGGGCUUUAAACACAUCAAGAAACUUAAUAGUUCUAUGCAAUGAGCUCCUGUAUAUUAGCAUUGAUAUGUUAAGUCUAUGUGAUGAUUUAAAGCAAAAAUGUACUCUGUAGUUUCCUGAUGAGAUAAAUUCCUCUUAAAGCUCCUGUGAAGAGUAUACAGCAGCUAAUGAAACAGACUGAAUUUAACAUCCAUGCCUCUUUACCGACUGUCUCUAAACAGUUAUUUUACCGGUCUGAAGCUGCAGCAGCAGGGUUGGAUCUUUGCAGCUUUGAUUGUUGUUGAAUUUGUGAGAACUUCUUCAGCUCAAAAUUUGACAAAGUUUUUAUUGAUGCUUCCCCCUGACUUUUAUGGUAUUCUUAUAUCAUCCAUCAGUAUUACAAGUCAACACAAGUAUUGUUCUUGUGCUUUAUUUCACACCACAUAAAAAUAUUCACCCCUCUCCUUGCUGUUGGUUUCAUCCAAAAGACGCUGCCUGAGAUAGUUUCUGAAUAUAAAUGCAGACAAACGACAUAUGAAUAUAUAGACCUACAUAAAGGCCUACAACAUUUGGAGGCAUUACUUCCAAAAACACAAUUGCAGACUCUGAAGGAGUGAGAGAGUAAAUAGCUUGUAUUAAUCUUCUUGCCUCCCUAAUUGUUAACAUUUUUAGUCUGCAUUUAAUUUGAAGUAAUUUGUAGAAGGUAAUAAGACUAAAUUGAUCAAGUCAUUUUCACCUGCUGCCCAUCCCUAUGUACCUGAGUCAUUGCCUACUGCAGGUGAUUUAAUGUGAUUGGUGACACCAGGCCGAAUGACUGAGAGUGGGAGCGGAAAAGUUUGUUGACUGCAAAGAGCAGACACGCUGAAAUAUAGUUUCCUUUCAUUUACUUUAAUCUGUUGAGUGGCACGUAUAAUUCCUUUAUUUUUCUUGGUAAUGAACCUCAGAAAUGACGCUGGUUCCGCAGUUUUGUUUUGUCUGGACUGUGUGUAUUAGACCCACUCAGCAGUGGUUUUCUCUGGAAGCGUAAUGCCACUACAGCCAGUUUGCUUUGAAAAAUAUUUUUGUCUGGAACCAGUUUCAUCCAUGAGCUUUAAUUUUCUGGUUAAUGUGGGCUCUAAUCCCUCACUUUUUUAAUGAUGUAAAACUCUUUUUACAUGUGACGAGGAGCCAGAACGCAGGAAAAAGACUUCAGGAAGCAUCCUCAGACUCACUUGUUCUAUAAAGUAGAAAAAACUGUCAGAGAAAAAGAUGUCACUUUUAUUGACUUAAACAGUCCAUAAACUGGACACACUAUAUGGAUUUUUUACAUUUGACCUGAUAACUGCUUCCUGAUGAGAAUAUCAAUAGAGGUGCAGUAAAAAAAAGUUCAUUUUUUACCAUAAUUUAAUUCAGAAAAAGAGAAACUUUCAUGUAUUCUUGAUUCUUUACAUCAACAAAGUGAAAUAUUUACAUUUUUUUGUCAAAGAUACAAAUAGUUUCUUAUAUUUCUACAGAUAUUUGUAUACACGGUACAAAACAUGUUUUUCAGUGAGGCUUUUAGAUUUGUACAGACACCACAUAACACUUCAGCAAAAUGGAUAUUAUGAUGCAUUACUAACAUGUCUUCUUUGUUGGCUUUAUUGAAUCAUCUCAGUUGUUUUGUAUGAUCCUAUCGAUCUAUGUACUGACUCAUCUAAACUGCAUCUCUCUAAUUUAUCUUACCAGAGAGGGGCUAAUUUUGGUCUAAAACAAAGAUUCAUGUCACGUUGAGGAAAUAAACCUCCUCUUUUCAAAUACGUGACGUUGUGCUUCAGUUUUUCCCCCUCUUGGCAUCCUGCUGCUAUAAUCCUGCAAACUCAGCUGUGGAUGUGUGAUACUGCAUCUCAGGCAGGGCUGGAUCUGAGCUCACAGAGUACUGAAGGAAACUGCAGAGUCAAGUGAUGACUCUGCAGGUUCAUCACCACCUGCUGCAGUUUCCCCAAAUGAUCCCAUUAUCACCUCCAGUACAAAUCCAACAAUCUUCAUAAGCACAGCUACAUUGCUCCCUCAGUGUAUGAUUUUAGAAAUUAUGCUGUCAACACCCCCCCACCACCACCAUCACCACUCAGACCGCUGUGUAUUGCGCGGUCAUUGCUAAAGUUGGUAUAAGUAGAGAAGCAAACGGUCAGCAACAUUCAUCUUUCAACGGGGUGUCUAACUUGGUGUUACAAUGUGACUCACCACAAGUUGCAGCCUCCAGUGGACAAGUGAAGAACUGCAGUUUUGGCACUUGAACUCUUUGCCUCAGUUUUUCCACCCUUUUACUCUUAUGUACCUAUUUGAAUAUAUAUAAAGUAACAUCAGUUUAUCUUAAUUUUCUUCAUUAGACUUGUCAGCAUGAUAACUCUGUACAGUUUGCUCAGUCUUUUUCUUUUUUAAUUUUCCAGAUUAAAUCUUGGUGUUCAGAUUGGCACUGAUCCCCACUGCUGUUCGUCUGACCCUCUCUCUUAAAAAAACGUCCAGACCUCUGCAGCUUGAGCGGACCAUCAAACAAGGUCACACUUGGCCGUGAUCAGACAGGAAGCUUUUGUUUUGCGGAUGAAUGGAAAGUGGAUCCGAGAGCGUGGCAGUAACACAGAGGAGAGCUUUAAAGGAGCUCUGCAGCCUGCUUGUUGCUACGAAACUGAACAAGAGCCUAUCUGAUAACUUCUAAGAGGUCCAUGUUGAGGAGUGGUCAACAAUAGAGGGAGGCACUGUCAUUUAACCCAACUACCAGGAUUUGUGAUGUUACAAACAGAAAAUGCAAAAUCCUCAGACAGCCUGUUAAUGAACAAUUAGACAAAAAUAACCCCCAACACUGAACGGGAAAAUUUGAUUGUAGAUUGACGCCAAAGGUGACUGCUGGUUUCUAAUAGAAUCAGAUCACAGUAUCUGUGCAUGCACAAUGGAAGGUGUAGAAGACAGUAUAUAGUAUUUUCAUAAUGGUUUAAGUUUUUUCAUUGUCUAUAAAUGAAAGUAGAGUAAAAGUCAACAGUUUUAAUACUAAUUCUGCUCCUUUAUGGACCCUUUGAAACAAACAACUGAGGUUCAGAGAAAAACAACAUGCUGCGAGAAAUCAUUUCUCCCAGGGUCCACCCAAAGGGAUAUUGAUGUUUUUAUGGGGUCAAACUGAACUCCAUUUACAGCUUGUUAUGCACUGACUAACCUAAAUUGCCCGGAGCGUAAAAAACGUUUAAAGCUGUCGAUCAUAUCUGGAGCAGAAGGCAGAUAUUGUAAUAUUUUUUUGUGAAUGGAGAUCCAUUUUAAAACCUGAUUGCAGCAAGAACAACACCUUUGACACUUUUUUGAGGCUAAACUACUUCCCGUUUGAUGACCUUUUUUUACCUGCUUUCAUAGGACAGCUGAAAAGAGGCAGGAAGUGUGGGGAAAAGAGAGAGGGGGAAGACCUGUAGUUGGAAGUCCAACCUUCAACCUUGUGUCAUUUCCAUCCUAAAGGGCCAAAUUUCAGAAAAAGAAGUACCGAGGGUUUGGUCUGUGAGCAGAAUGAACAACAUUCCUUAUAUUUGCUCAUUCAGAAGCAAAAGCACCUCAAAGAGCACUGACAUAAUGAGCUGGUGCAGCCCAGGAGCUGUCAGUCAAACAUCUACAGUAUUUGACAUCAAAUAACUAAUUUAAACUCAACUCAAAUUGCCAUUAAAAAGAAUAAGCAGCAACCCCCCAGUACUGAGGAAUGAAGCAGGUUUACCGCCUGGUUCAAAAACAGGUUUUGGUCUAAUAGAUUUGAUCCCUGUGGAACCAGGUACCAAUAGUCUGCUACCACUGCUGAAAGCCUUCUAACCUGAACCUCUGAAAGGAAAGGAUGGUGUUGAUGAGACUUGCUUCUGGGCUAUUUGAUGUGUUUUUUGUUUUUUUUUAUCAACCCAUGUAUCAUCCUUCUCCAGACAGGCAUAGGCUAUGUAAUCUAUACUGCAGCCAGCCAGUAGGGGGAGCUCUGAACAUGGUGGAUUUGCACAGAACAGCUGUUGUUCUGUUCUUUAUGCUUAUUCACAGUGACUUAAUAAGCAAUUCGCUUGCCCAGAUUUUUACAUUCACAUCCCUAGUGAACUCAACAGAAGUUGUUUCUUUAACAAGCCCAAUGUGGUGUUAAGUUUUUUUUAAUCCACAUUCUUUGUUGAUAAAUGGCGCUCUGCACAUCAUGAAAAAUUAACAUUUGAUUCUACCAGUGUGAUGUGGAUGUCUGCCAUCUGUCUUUGCUGCUGCUCUGCCUAUCUUGGCUUUUCAUAUAGGGGAGACUGGGGUAAGAUGAGCCAUUUUUCAUAUGUCGGAUCACUACAUCAAGGCAAUCAUAGUUUUGUUUCUAACUAGUGUAUCUGUAUAUAUUUCAAGAUGUUGUGUAUCCCUGUAAACCAACAGAAUGAGUGUAAACAUGACUGUCUUGAUAAAAAAAAAAGCAUGCCAAAAAAGUGGUCUCCUAUGGUCAACUUACACUGUGUCUGGGGUAAGUUGACCAUAGGAGUGGGAUAAGUUGAGCCGUAUCCCUACUACACCCCCCCACUCUCCACCCCAGCCCUCCCUCACCUUCUCUCUCCCUAAAUAACAGUCACUUCUUCACAUUCAUGUGUUUUUUUUAUCUAUUAUACGCUAUUCAACUGGUACAAUAAUUAUUUUUAUUAUUAUUGCAAAAAGUCUGUUUUGUAAAAAGUCAUUUUAACACGAGAAUGCUUUUAAGAGAUUCAGAACAUUCACAGCUAUAUUUUUGAAAAAACAUUUCAACAAUCUGAACUGAAACUCUGAUCCUCUCAUGAGACAGAUUUACUUUCUCACUUGAGCUACUGGCUCAACUUACCCCUGAACUACUAUUAUGACUUUAUUAGUCCUUUAAGCUAAAAUGGUGGACUUUUAAGCUAGGUUUUUGACCUCAUAUUGUAGCUCAUAGAUAUCACAAUUGAUGUUUAAAACAAAUUUAAAAUGAUCUUUCUUGGUCCGAGCACAAUUCUAAUAAAACUGAUGACAGACUAAAUUCACUUUCAAGAGUGAAAAAUGUUGGAAAUAAAUAUCUUACCCUUUCACCCAUGUCCUUCAAAUCUUCACAGACUCCAUGAAUUAAUGCUCAUCUCCUAAAUAUUUGGUCACAUUAUCAAUUUCUUUUACCAUUUCCAAACAAAAGGGGAUGGGGCUCAACUUAUCCUUUGACUCAACUUACCCCACUGUCCCCUAUGCACAUGAAACACAGAAGAGGUGUGCUCUCCCUGUUCAGGUUUUGGCAUUCCACGUACGCAAUGAAAGGGCAGAGAGCCUCCAAAUAUGACUUGUUAUAUGUUCCAAGUGAUUAAAUUGACCUUUACUCUCUCAUAAUUGACUUGUAAUUGUGGACUCAUUAAGAUAAUCUUCUAUUAUGAAAUUCACUUGUUACUUUCAAGUGUCCCAUUACAACCUCACUGUAAAAACACUGAACUGUUCCUUUAACUGAGUCUGGUCAAUGAAGCUGUACUCCCUUUGUGUUGGUUUCCACGGUUACUCUGUUAAAGACUCCACUGACAGUCAGCUGUCUUUGUGUUUGGCCUCAGUGGCCUCUCUCUCUCUCUGCUUUCUUUCUGCUGCAGCUUUAAAAACUCAUCAGAUCAGAGUCACCGGACAGGGCAGCAGACACAUGGUCUUAGGUUUUUGUCUUUUACUGUGUCACAGAUGGAGACUUCGGUGCACCAUCAGCCCAAGAGGAGGAGAUGGAGGGGUCUGAGGCAGCAGUGGAAGCUUCUAGGAUUAUUUGAGAUUGAUUCACAGCACGAGUUUUACAGCCUGACCUGCAUGAUGAAGGAUGGACUGUCUGCAGCCACACAGAGCAGCAUAGACAACGCACCCACUGUGAGUAUGAUCAGCAGAGGAAACACAUCUACCCGGGUCAAAGAUUUCCAUGAACGAAGUCACUGAUGGGCACAGAUUGUUCCUUGAAGUGUAUGACAACAUUUCAGAUAGGAUGUGUGUAAGAUAGGAAGAGGACUUUUAAGCAGAGACAGCCAAAGGUGGACACUAACAAAAUACCGCCUGUAAAUGGAUUUAAAGCCAAAUAGCUCUAGGUAUUUCCAGGAUUUUUUUUCAUUUCCUGAAACCAGCGCUGCGCAGUAGCGAUGCGCGCAUUCGGCCGUGCAGUCGCCGAGAGUCACUGUAAUGACGCUUGGCUCAAACAGCGUUUCCCCCCAGGAGAGCUACACAAUCCCUGAAUGCCCAUAGGCUGUACCAGGUGUCAAUCAUUGAAAACAUGAACCCCCUAAUAACUUUUAAAAACGGAGCUUCACAGAAUAAAAGAGGACUUGAGCACAAACCAGUUUUACAAUAACUACAUGUCAACAUCACAAGCAGGGGGGAGAAAAAUUUAUGUUCUGUGUAAUAAAUUUCUUAAGUUGGUCCACAGCCCUAUAAGCUUUGCUGGUGGAGGCGGGAUUUAUGACCUAUACUGCAGCCAGUCAACAGAGGGUGCUGUUCUCGGAGUGGCUUCACCCAGCGAGGAGGCAGACUCUGUCCAUUGUUUAUACAGUCUAUGCUCUGGACCUAGGAGGAGUCAGGUGGAUGAACCCCCCCCUUAGCAUCCAUUGCCAUAUCUUCAGCCCACCCAUGUUUAAGGUUUUUAAAGUACAGAAUGAUUCAUAUAGCUUUAAAUGUUUUCCGCAUUCCCCGCACACAAGCUUCAUUACAGUCUACAAGAAUUUACCGCCUAAUCUGAGAAAGCAUUUUAAGGUAUGAGGCUAAACAUCAGCUUGAUCUCAGAUGAACAGUUGAAACCAAGCUGGCAGUCCUUGAAGUGAUUUAAGUGCUGAUUUCCUUGCCAUCUGGUAUUUUUGGUUGUACAUGUUAUUGUUUCUGUUAUUCCAGAAGAAAUCUGGAAAUCUUUAGCAUGCAACUAUAAAAAGUAUACAUGAUGAUUUCUAAAUAAACAGAACGUUGCAAAAUUUACACUCGCGACUGCACUUUUGCACCAUGAAAAUACAACAUCUUAAGAUUUUUCCAAUCAUUACUAACUCAAGAAAUAAUCUCACCGUUUGAAUAUUUGAACAAGAGGAUCCAUAUGUUGACUAAGUACUUCGUCCACCACUGGAAACAGCGCAGACAUCAUUACCAAAGAGGGAUGACUGCACACAUAUCCUGUCUGUCCCUUGGCAGUAAUGCUGUGGUUGAUGGUUGCUCGGUCACAGUUGGUGAUCACAGAACCUGAAAUUCACAGUAACUCCACCAAUUGACAGCACAGACUAAACACGGUGGUGCUGACCAAUUAUUCCCAACUGAUGUGAGGGCGUUGGAAGGAAGUGGAGCCAGACGACACCUGGAAAUGUUAACGACAGUUACUCAAACGUGUCAGCUGAUUCUCUUCCUUCUGUCUACCAACGUUGUCUCUUAAAAAAAACCCCAUAAAGGCAGGGAUGUUGUUGCUAGAGAUGACGGUCUCGUAGAGGGUCAUUAAGCCUCCCAGAUGUGGCCUUGAUUGUUGUUCACUUUGAUACACAUGCAGUAGUGUUUUUAGGUAGAAAGAGUGUGCAGUCACAGGACAGGCUGGAUUUAAACCUGGGCUGAACGCUUCGGGCAGAAACCUCUCUGCAUUGGUGUGAUGUUUUCAGACACUUGAAUUAACAAUAUGAGCCUGUUAGAAUUAAAAAAAUAACUUUGAGUGGAAUUCAGCCGUAGUUGGCCUCCUUGAAUAUGCUGCAGUCAUUAUAGUCUGUAUUAUGGCUCCUAGCUGGAAAUAGUUGUGAUACUUUGAGUGGAAAUCAGCCAUAGUUGGCCCUUAUUAAACAUACUCUAUUCAUUUUAGUCAGGCCCCAGGCCGCCAAAAGUUGUGUAACUUUUGUUCCUAUAAAUAACUUAGGCUUUAAUUUUUUCAGAAUCAGUCUCAAACGCUCAACCGUUUCUCUUAAAGCUUGAGUUUUUUUUCCCCCAUGGAGUUGAUCUGUAAAAGUCACACACUGAUUUCUAAAAUACUUCAAAAUAAGAGAAGCUUUUUAAAACACACAAACACACAGCUGAGAGAGGAAUCCCAUCCUGAACAAGACCUUAACCUAGAAAACUAUGACAAAACUAUGCAGUGAAUGAAGUCAUGUCCACCCUCGCUCUCUCUCUCUCUCUCUCACACACACACACACACACACACACACACACACACACACACACACACACACACAAACAGAGCUACUGCUGCAGUCUAAUCCCAGCCAAACAACAAAUGCUGACUCAGCAGGCAUCGGCCCGACAGUCCUGUCUGUUGUGUUUAACUGCAGAGUCUCAAAAUCACAAACACCCACGAGCACACACACACUCACACCCUCCAUAUGCACCAUCACAGAGCUUUAAAAUCUCUAUGUUUAUCCACUCUAUAUAAAUGAUUACCUUAGACUCAAUGUAAGUGGUUUUUGAUGACAUUAGCCAAAGUGGUUUGUUUACACACUCUUUUUUCUGGGUGUCUUAGUUUGGUUUCCAUUUUACAUUUUCAUUUCUUCUUUUCGUUUCUCUUUCUCUUUUCUUUUCGAUCUUCAUUUUCUAGUUUCCCCUAGUCCAGCCCUUGUUUUUCUUCCAGUGUCAUCACAGGGUGUAUGCAGGAAAUCCCAGAGUUCAGAAGUUCAUUAUUGUUAAGACUUAAAAGUCUUCAAAAGCAGAGUCUUGCAUCAAGCCGUAAAUUGCUGCAUCUCUCUCUGGGUGGGGAGUGAGUCUUUGCCCCAACUGAGGGAGUUCAAGUGUCUUAGGGUCCUGUUCAAAAGUGAGGGCAAAAUGGAUCAAGAGAUUGACAGGUGCAGCGUCAGGUGGAUUGGUGCAGCGUUAGCCGUACUACAAGAGUUGCACCAGGCCGUCAUGGUGAAGAGAAAGCUGAGCCAUAAGGAAAAGCUUUCAGUCGAUCAUUGUCCAACCGUCACCUAUCACUGUGAGCUCUGAGCUGUAAUCGAAGAAUGAGAUCACGGAGCAAAUUUCCUUCAAAGGGUGUUUGAGCUCAGCCUUAGACAAAGGGUUGGAGGCUCAGACAUCUGGAGGGAGCCUGGGGCGGAGCCACUGCUUCUUUACAUCAAAAGGUGUCAGCUGAGGUUGUUUGUGCAUUUUAUAAAGAUGCCUCCUGGACACCUCCCUUUGGAGGUGCUUUAGGCACGUCCAGUUGACCAGGAGGAGACCUUAGGUAGGCCCAAAGCUUGCUGGAGGGAUUGCAUAUCCCACCUGGCCAGGAAAUGCCUUCAGAGAAGAGCUGAAAGUGCCUCUGAAGUGACAGCAGUUUGGGUAGACUGGAUUAGACUUCUGCCCCUGUGAAGUGGAAGAUAAUGGGUGGACGGUCUCAAUGCUAUAAAAACUCAAUUAAAUACAGUUACGCUGUGACUUUUAUGGUGUCUCGAACGUGGAGUUUUAGCAAACAUUUGGUGGAUCAGCAGAACAUCCAUUGGUGUGCAAAAUAUUUCAUAGAUGUCCUCAGAAUUAUCAGUAUUUUUACCCUGUGCAGAUCAAAGACCACUAAACACACAAACUCAAAAUUAAAAAACAAAAGGAAUUAUAUGAAUUAAAACUUUUAGUGUACAAACUUUUUUUUCCAUUGGCAUUAAAUGCAUAAAUGAAUUCUUGGUAAGCUGGUGAUCAAUACUUUUUAAUCCUUUUUUAUUGGCUUUAAAUUUGGCUGCAUAGACCCUGCGACCACCCUGCAUCACCUUAUUGAGGAUGACCGGUUGGACACCAUGCUGUAGUCUCUGUGCUGAUCUUAUCUAACACAGUGACCAUCAUAGAAGACUCAGUUAUGGCAUUACUCUUAACAGUGAAUCUGAGACUGAGAGAAGUGUUCACAUUGCAGAUAUAUCUCAGAGAUCAUUUUGCUUCACUUUUGAUCAGAGCACAUGGUCACUCCAUCACUCCACUCUUAACUGCAUAACAGGUAGUGAGACUUUGUAAAGCUUAGUUAAAAUCAGUGACAUGUUUUCUGUUGAUUUUUUUGCAGACUGAACUGACUGACGACGACUUCAGGUCACAGGUGACUCAGAUUCAUAAGGUAAGGUGGAGGUGUAACAAAAAUCUACACCUUUUAAUAUGUGCUGAUCACUUCCAUCAGAUUAAUGAGUGUUUUUGCGUGUGUGUGUGUGUGAGCAGGAUUUCACCAUGGAGACGUUUGCAGGCCCGGUGUUUGCCAGCCUUCGUAGCUCUUUAGGAAUGACGGAGCAGGAGUAUCAGCAGUCGCUCUGCUCUGAAAACUGUUACCUCCAGUUUAUAAGCAACUCAAAAAGCAAGGCCGACUUCUUCCUGACGUGAGACACCCACACAAACUCCUUUCCCUUCUGUUUUAUUACAAAACUAAAAUGUGCAUCAAAGACUUCAUUGUAAUUUUUGCCUCGCUCUGCUUUUGGACUUCUAGAAAUGACAAGCGCUUCUUUUUGAAGACCCAGAACCAAAGGGAAAUCAAGUUCCUUCUGGCCAAUCUGAAGAUCUACAUGGAACACCUGAGGAAGUACCCCCAUUCACUGCUGGUCAAAUUCCUCGGUACACAUACAUUACAUAGACAUGCAUUCAGCACACACUUCCACACAGAGACAAACAGUUUUUGGCCAAAACAUUCAAAGAAAAGGAGAAAAAAGAAUCUGAUGUUGAAUUGGUACCAGUGCCAUCAUUGAAUAUACAUCCAAUUUUUUAUCGAUACCCGCGUCAUUUCCUGUGUAUUUUUCUGUGUGCAGGUGUUGAUCGGGUUUUAAAGGUUAGCUGAUCAUAAAUACAGCCUCUGAUUGAUGGACAGGCAGAAAAAUGAGGCAGUAGUCUGUCAGCUAACAACAAAAAUCACACUUUUGAUUUAACACUGUAGUACUCAGCCGUUUAACUAUCAGUCAUUGCAUUUAUAUUAGAGAGCAGAGAAUCAUGGUAUACAUCAGGCAGCUCAUACCACUGAAAUGAAUACUUAAACCAUCACCUAUUACUUUCAUUUUGUGGGACUAAAUACUUACUCUUAGUGUAAACACACUGAUCAUUCUGUGAGAUAGAAAUGUUCCUGGAUUUUGCAGAAACACACACAGUUCAUCACCUUAUAGCUGUCGGUCUCUCAAAGCGACUUAAAUUGUGAAGAAGUGAAAGGCAUCGAUAAGGAAACUAUUUAUCACCAAGGCAAAUCUCAAACAUGUUGGAACUGGUUCCGACUUGAAACCAGUUUUUGAUUACCAUACAAAGUUGUUCACCAAUGAAAUACAAAAGUUUGAUCUUUGCUACAUCUGCUGUAAAGUGACAGGAAGUAAGAUUUUUAGAUUUUUGGUUGAUCUAGACUGAGUGAUUCCUCCCUUUUUUCCAGGUGUUCACAGGAUCAAAAUCCCCUACAAAAAGAAGGUACAAACCACAUCUUAUCACAGUUCGAAAGCAUGAUUGUAGGACCCUAAACAGCAUUACAGAGCAUCUUUCCAUUGGUCUUCUGCAGAAAUACUUCAUUGUGAUGCAGAGUGUGUUUUAUCCAGAUGAUAGAAUCAAUGCCAGGUAAGCUUGAUUUGCUUUCCAUUUUACAUCCAAAGCUCAGAGCGGUGUAAGUUCAGUGUUUCCCGCACAGAAUCCGUCUCUGUACAUAGUUUCUUGUUUUUUAUGCUCAGGUACGACAUUAAGGGCUGUGAGGUGAGCCGAUGGACUGAGCCGGCUCCAGAGGGCAGCCAGAUUAUCGUCGUCCUUAAAGACCUGAACUUUGAAGGCCAGUUCAUCAAUCUGGGUGAGGAAGCACAAUGUGCUGUUUACAUGAAAUAUUACUGCGCCCCCUGCAGGACAGCCAGUAAAUUGUUUUUGAGAUAAGACAUAGCAUCUUCAUUUGGAGAGCAAAUAUCAAGCACAGCGGCAUGUCAUAAUAGAAAAUGAAACUACAAGACAAAUAGUAUUCAUUUACUUUUAACUAUACAUCUCUAGAAACAGAACAGAGUACAUUUAAAAACAAGAAGGUGUAGAUGUGAUUUAGAUUUUAGUUAAAAUAAAUGAAGCUAACCAACAGCCCAGGAGAUAAAAGUUUUGACUUUGGCUAAAAUUUGGGUGAAUGUGAAAUCAUCAGGAAGUUGGCUCUAUCAGCUGUUGUUGUUCACCGGCUCUUCAAAUAUGAAAGUAUGAUCCUGUUAAUAUUCGGGGACAGACAGUGAUUCAACUCAACUUUUGUGACUAAUAGAAAGUUCUGCCCGGACAAAUGAGAGACGGAAAAUAUACGGGGGUGGGGAGACGGAAAAUAUACUGGAAGGGGGGGUGGCCUGCAGAGACCAGGGCUGUGUGCCGGGUUGGGGGGGCAAGAUGAUUCCGGUAAAUAGUGCUUGGGAAUAAACACUGAAUAAGACUACAUAUUAAUAUCACAAUAUAUAUGUGUAUAUUUAUCACAAAGCCGUAAAUAUUUAGAUACAAUUCUUUCAUUUGCUUGACAGCACUUGUAUUAAGUAGAAGGAUCUUGAAAAACUAGUCCUCACUGUUACUCACUACUUUUUACAGUUGUGCAUCUUGAUACUUAUCCUGGUACAUAUCUUAUCGUGAUUCAUAUUGUUUUGUGAGACUGUGGGAAAUACUUUACAUUAGUCCUGUCUCUGACUAAGUAUCCUAAUGAGAAAAUAAAAACUAAAACCAAGCAGUUUCAUGAAAUACUGAUGAAACCAAAAUUUCAGCCAUGAAAAUAAAUCAGUCUCAAACCACAACAUCCAGGUGGUACGGUUUUAAAAAAACAAGCACCAAACUUUCCAUAAGACAGUUUUACUGGCAUCAAUGAAUACACUAGAGACGACAUGAGUAAUCAUUGCAACUUGAUGAUGUUGGAGGCGUUGGAUAAUUUCUGGGAACAGCUAUCGGUUUGCUGAUGCAGUCUGCUUCUUCUCUCAUUUUUAGUCCGUUGUGGUCUGCCUUUAUAAUCAUCAUCAAUCUAAAAAGGGCAGGAGUGUGUUUUAUAGAGCUCCAUAAACUUUACGGUUUUAUUGUCCAAUCUUGUAGCCCCGACUUCACCAUUCCUCCUGGACUUCACCAUCUCACUGGUCAACGUCAAUAAUGUAAAAGGCAGAAAGAAAAAUGAAACAGACUUCCUGUCGGAGAUCAGGAGGUGAUAUAGAUCAGGUCUUCACUGUUGAUCACACAGGACAAAAAAAUGGUUUUAUGGGGGCAGAUAAGUCCCCACAUUGGAGUUAACGUCCUUAAGGGCCUUGCAAAUCUGUUGAUGUCAAAUACGUUCCGCUACCUCAUGAGGAAAGGUGUGAUCCAAUAGAAUCCUAGCUUGUACCUGAAGUCUAAAAUACAGGUGUUGACUUUCGUUAAAUUGGUUGAGUUUUGCUCACCUUUUUUUUAUGUGAAAGAAAGAAACUACUAGCAACCUACUUGAUAAUUUCCCAAAUUUUUCCUUCUUUCUUGCUUUUGCUGUCUUGGAGGAGCUUUUACUAAUGUGGCUCAUGGUUAGAGUCAUGUGGACCCUGUUGAAUCAUGUGUAACCACAUUUAGAGAGAUCAGAGGCACAAUAUUUUUCCCAGAUGGCUGACAUUUGGAUCUAUCCGCUCAAUUUACUUUGAUUUAAAAAAAAAAACAACAACCAAAGAACCAAAACCACAAGUGUCUUUCAGUUUGCUGAAGAAAUCAAUGAAUGAAUAUAACAAAAGAGGAAUUACUUUGUUUAACAACAUACACCCUAAUCUGUGAAAAGAACAGCAUAAAGCAAGGCCAUCAACUCUGACCGACCAAAGUCAAACAACAAGAGUACAGCACCCCUGAUCUAGUGAGACUAACAUAACAAUACUAAGGUGACAGGAGUGAAAUGCGUACAUGACUUUACCAUAUACCUGGCCCAGUUCACACCCUAGUGAGACACUUACAGAACAUUAAUCAGGAUUAGAUUUCAAGGAGAGGGAUUACAGCAGGAGCUGUUACAGGUCAGUCCACCGUCCUUCCCCCCAUGAUACCGGUGCCUACAUUUACCAUGCAUAAGAACAGUUAAGAAUGGGAAUAUUUUUAUCCGAAACCAGGGAAUCCAUCUCGUCGGUGUUCUGGGUUUUUCAUACCUAAGAAAACCAUAAUGGAUUAAAAUAACCCACACUUUAAAACAUGACCAAAUGAGGAUUACCAGAGCUCUGAAUGAAGCUGCAUGCUACAAACUUUCCCACAGGGGGCGCCAAAUAACGUUACAAACUGAAAGUUACAAUGAUUCUUUAACGCUUGAGAUUCUUUAGAUUCCUUGACGCUUUUUUCCCCACAUCCACAAUGUGUGCUUCAUUCACACGGUCACGACACUUACACAAACAACACAAGCAAAAUUUAAAAAUGUCAGUAAUAUCAACACCGCUACAACAAAUUCGUCCUGUCUUUUGGAUCAAAGUUAUCAUCCCCACAAAGAAGUUUUCAGUAAUUCAAACUUUAACUAGUCUUGACAGAUUUUGAACUUUGUUUUGAUAAUCCUACCAAAUCAGAUUAUUUUUCAACAACUUGGCUCUGGAGUUAUGGUCCUUCAGGAGCAUCAGAAAUCUGAGAUUAGUUAUUGGUUUGCAGUGUAAAUGAAUGGCAUAAAGAUUCAAGAAUGAAAUAAAUGUGCUCUCUUGGUUCUGUACAGCUCUGACUCCAGUGUGAUGGACAAGUGGAAAUGAUUGGUGAUUGGUUAGUCUAACAAGAGGGAUUGCAGCAACUCCUCCUGCAAUAAAUUAAGAUAUACUAAAUUUUCUUUAAAUUAGGUCUGUUUGCAGUCCCUCUUUGGCUAAUUCAAAACAUUGCAUAAAACACAACUUUUAGCUUCAUGGAAAGUCCUCCUGUAAGAGAGCAGCACUUUACAGCGAUUAUCCAGCCACAAAGAGAAGUGAGAUAUUCUCCAGAAAAGGAUCAAGAAUAUUCAGUCGUCUUGUAAAUAACAUUCCUUUAGCCAGCAUGCUAAUAAAACACAGUUUAUCAACAUCAAUGCAGUAGAUACAAAUUGUAAAAAUUGUUUAGUUGACCUCAUUUUUACUGAACUUUUAUUCCAUCUGGUCUUUUACUCAGGGUUACCCUAUUAACACUGUCAUCACUUUGUUAGUCAUGUUUUAUUUCCUGCACUGUUUGUUCCUUUGUGUGUGAAAACAUUACUGAGUCAUCUGCUGUUUACAGAAAGUUCCCAUGAGUACAAAUACGGUAUCCUUGACCCUCUUCAGCUGUCUGAUCUAAUGAUGCCAUAAAUAGUUGUUUUGAAAGCAUCAGGCCUGUUCAACUAGUGGCCAACAGGCUGGAUGCAACCCUUCAUUUAUCUAUUGAUUGUACUGUAUUUCUGUUUGAUUAGUUAUGUGUGUGUUUUUGUGUGCGUGUGUGUAGAACGGCAGCGCUCCUGGCUCCUGCGGCAGGUAGAGAUCGACACACACUUCCUGCGGAGGCUCCAUGUGUUGGACUAUAGUCUCCUCUUGGCCUAUCAGCCUCUCCACCAAGACGAACGCCACCAGAGCCUCUCCUUCGCCACUCUCAUCAUGAGAACCAAAAAGUCAGUGUGUGUGUGUGUGUCUGUGUGUGUUUUGUUCCCUGUUUUGUAAAUGUGCUGCCCUUACUGUGAAAUUCAUACCAAUCCCUGAGAGCAUAAACAGGGACAUCCCUGAAAAAGACAUCGCUAGGAUGGCAAGAUUUUUUUCCCCCUAAACCUGUACGUACCUUUCAGCAUUAAUGGAACCUUCACAGAUGUGACAGUGAGCCGUGCAGCCCGUGCCAUGGGCACUAACACACCCCCAUACCAUCACAUAUGCUGGCUUUGAACUUUGACCUGAUAACCAUCAAUCAAUCAAUCAAUCAAAUUUUAUUUAUAUAGCGCCAAUUCACAACAGUCGUCAUCCCAAGACACUUUUCAAAGAACAAGAGCAGGUCUAGACCACGCUCAUUGUUUGAUGAAUUAUCAAGAACCAACAUUUUGGCCUAUCUGUAGCAUGCAUCUCAUCUAACAUGAGUAACAGUGGAUGAGUCGGGUCCUGCUCAAGGCAGAAACCUCAAGGCAGGACCCGACUCAUGCCAGACAGCUACCAUGUCGCUGCUGGGUUGGGAAGGAAUGUAGAGAGACAGUCUGAAUGGUCAUUGUACUCGGUUUUUGUUCACGUUUUACACAACGAUCCAACUACAUUGGAAUUAUGGUUACGGCAUCUGUCUAGACAUUAUUAUCAGAUAAGCUCUCAGACUGGUGGAGAGAUUAUUUUAACUGGCAGAGCUAUGGCUGCUGAGGGUGGUUGUAAUGCCCGACAUUGAUGUCUUUCAGCUGCAGAAAUCAAUGGAAUAUUUUAACUCUUCUGUUUGUACAAAAGUUUGCCCCAGGUUGCCCAGAUUUUGCAUCCCUGAGGGACCUUAUAAUGAGGUGGGUCACAUGAGAGGGAGGCAUUUACAAGAUUACUUGAAAUAGUCUUGUGUGGCAAAAAGGAAAUGCAUCAGAAAGCGUCACAAUUGCAACAGUGUUCAGCAUAUGUCUUAUCAAAGUACAAAGGUCCAUUAUUUUAAAUAGCAGGGUUGAGGAGCAUUAAGAUAUAAUUACAGCCCACAGUUAGCUUGACGCAAUAAAGCACCUGGGCCUUAAACAGAGCUGUUUCAGUGCUAUAAUGGGAAAGGAUGCCAAAAAUUAAAAAUCUGGUUGUCAUUUACCGGAAAAAAAAAAAUAGUUGGGGGUGGGGUGGGGGGUGACACAGCUUUUUCUACAUUAGAUUACAAUGGUGGCUUGGAUGUGGCUCUAAAACUGCUAUACUCGAACAAAAGACUUUCACAGAGAAGAUAACUGUGGUAUAUUGUUUAAAUUAGGCAGAAAAAAAUUUAUUUAGUUAAUAUAUUUGGACCAAUUGAAAUACAACUACUAAAAAAACCCAGUCAGUAAGAAAUGGAGUGAAUCAUUUAUGAAGUGCAACACUGCACUUUAAGUUUCGCUUAAUUUCUGGUAACAGUUAAAGGGUAAGGGAGGCCAAAGGUCAAAACUAGGCCAUCUGAAUGAGGCAUUUAAUAGCAGAAAAACAUCUUUUAAUAAUAAAAAUAAUAAUAAUACAUUUUAUUUGUAAAGCGCUUUUCAAGAACGCAAAGACGCUGUACAUGAGUAAAAGCAAGAACAAUAAAACACACAUCAAUAUACAAUAAAACACACAUCAAUAUACAAUAAAAUAUACAUCAAUAUCAAUAAAAUCAUGUAAAAUCAUGUAAAAAGAGGUGGGUUUUGAGAAGGGUCUUGAAUCUGUUGAGGUCAGUUCAGUUUCUGAGGUCCAGUGGGAGUGAGUUCCAUAGGGUGGGGGCGGCAACUGAGAAGGCUCAGUCCCCCCAGGUUCGGUUCUUGGUCAGGGGAACUAUGAGGAGGUUGGCAUUGGCGGAGUGGAGGGUGCGGGGGGGAUGUAGGGGUGGAGAAGAUCUUGUAGGGGAGGGGGCCAGGUUGUGGAGUGCUUUGUGGGUGAGAAGGAGGAUUUUGCACUGAAUGUGAUGGGGGAUGGGGAGCCAGUGAAGGUUCUGGAGGACAGGGGUGAUGUGUUGGUGGGAGCGUGUAUGGGUGAGGAGGCGGGCGGCAGAGUUCUGGAUGAGCUGAAGUUUAUUGUGGAGAGUGGAGGGAGUGCCAUGGAGGAGACUGUUACAAUAAUCUAGACGGGAUGAAAUGAAUGUAUGUAUGAGGGUUUCAGCUGCAGCGUAGGAGAGGGAGGGGCGGAGGCGGGCAAUGUUUUAGGCUAGGUAGUAGGCUGUUUUGGUGAUUUGCUUUACGUGCUGGGUGAAGGAGAGCUUGCUGUCGAAGAGAAUACCAAGGUUGCGACAGUGGGAGGAUGGGGAGAGGGUGGAGUUGUCAAUGGAGAUAUUAAGUCAGUGACUGUGGAGGUGAGGAGGUUGAAAGCGGCGGAGAGGUCAAGGAGGAUAAGGAUGGAGAGUUGGGCGGAGUCCGAGGGUUCCGGAGGGGGGGCCGCUUUCGACACCAUCGACCACAGAUUCCUUUGAUUUCACAAGAGUCACAAUGAUUCAGCACUCCAUGGUUGUGGCUGAUGAGUUCAUUAUUUCAGCCUUGUCUUUCCCAGCUAACAGUAGCCACUGUACAACUAGAAGGUUGGUGGUACGACCCCCCCCCCCCCAAUCCCAAGUCUGUCCGUUGUGUGCUUGGGCAGGACACUUAACCCACCUUUUUCCUAGUGUGUGUCCUCCACUGGUGUUUGAUUGUGGGUGAUGUUAGGUGGUGGAUGGAGAGGCUGUUGGCCGUUGAACACCACUGUGCAAAUACCAGUUUCAAGAAAAUGGAGAAUAUCCCAGAAAUACAGAGAGCCUUUUGGUUUCAAAUUUGUAUAGUCAUGUCCAUUCAAAAUGCAGUCUAUUGUUCAGACAGAAAGAGGGUCUGUGGACUAACACAAGGGAUUUUUUUCAAAUCCAGUAGCAUAAAAAAAGCAGUUAGAGACACUGAUUCAAAUCUCUCUAGGAGUAGCCAAAUUCCGAUGUGAUUCAUACAGAUUUAACACACACACACACACACACACACACACACACACACACACACACACACACACACACACACACACACACACACACACACACACACACACACAUUGACACAGCUGGAACCACCCAAUUCCCUGAGGGGUCCUUGACACUAAAGCAGUAGAGUUAAGCUAUGAGGCAGUGACUCUUCAAUCUACAUUUUUGACAUUUUUUCUUUAAAUAGAACCUCCAAAAGAAAACAAAAAAGUUUCAAAACAGAGUUGAAAAGUAUUUGCGAAGAAGUUUCUUCGUUCCAGUGUCCCUUUGUUGCGUGUGUGGGGGCAGUGUUGGUGCUAUGCUGCUGUUAUCAUCACUCAGGAAUCUUUGAUCUGCGUAGGAGGAUAGAGUUAAACUUGUGAAAAUGUCAGAAGUCUCUGUAGAUCUGUGCCCAAGUAAUAGAAAGAAACCACGAGUUGAUUUCAAUGAGGGUUACAUCUGUUUCCCACUCUUUCUCUCUCUGAUACAGGUCAGUGAACCCAGGCUCCAGUCCGGUCCAUUCAGGCACUGUCGCUGUCCCAGGGGCAGUCCCGGAUGAGUCUGUCGUACUUUUUUCUGAAGUAGAUGAUAGCGGUCCGAAACCAAAAAGCGCAUCAUGUGGUGGGACACUUCAAACAUGCUCUGAGCACACAGGGCUGAGUAGUGACACAGCUGAGCUUCAAGACUUCAGGGCCCAAAACCGCCGUUUACUUCCUAACUUAAAGAACCCUCUGCAUGUCAUCGAUGGGCCGGAGCAGCGCUAUUUCAUUGGCAUCAUUGACAUUUUCACAGUUUAUAGUUUUAAGAAGAGGCUGGAGCAUCUGUGGAAGAGGCUGAGACAUCCAGGUCGCUCCUUCUCCACCGUCAGUCCACAGACUUACUGCCACAGGCUCUGUCACUGGGUACAGGACCACACCAAGUAGACCCAGGUCUACAGAAAACUGAUCCACACAUAAAACAGACUCCACAAAGAAAAACAAAGCUACUGUGCAACCUUUAGUCUUAUCUAAUCUAUUUUCAAAUAAACUGAAGAUAUUUAUUAUUCUGAACAGUCACGAGUUCCAGCUCAUUUAUCCCUGAGCUCCGUUAAUACGAGACAGAUGGGGAAAAAUUCAUCGAUUAACUGAUAACCAAUAGAAAUAAACAAAAUGCAAGUUCCCAGAAUCUUAGUGAAGACAGAAACUUCAGUCAAGAACAAUGUUGGAUUGUCUUCUCACAUGAAAAAUAUUGAACCUGCUCUCUCUGGGCUGAUUGUAGAUUGAUUUAAAGGUUAAUUAGACAGUUUUAACAGCUUUUUUGUGAUGUGCUCAUGUAUUUAUUUAUUUAUCCAAUUAUAACACAGUUUGUCCUGAGUCUAUGUUCUUUGUUGAGCAUCCCCAAUGGUUCAGUCAGGGAAGCAGCCACCAAUUUUAAAGAUUUUAAAUACUUUUGUUUUGAAGAAUAGGGUGUAAAAAGGGCAUCUUGAACAAUAUCUAGCUAGUUUGAUUGUAGAUUGAAACACUCCCUUGUUCACUCCUUCUGUGAAUUAAGUAACUGUAGCCUUUAAGUACAAGGGGCUGGUAUGAAAUACGUAUGACGCUCCAUUUGCCAAAUUUUCACAAUCAAAAAUGUCUGUCAAUUCAGUUUUUUUUUAUUCCCAUCAACUCCUCAUUUUUGUCUUCCAACAUUCGUAUUUCACGUAGCCACUCACAAAAUACAGAAACAUGUAUGAUUCAACUUAAUCCACUCUCUGCUAUUGUAGGAACAUGGCAGUGCAAGAUGGCUGCGUCAGUGGAGGGGGACUUGCUCCUUUGAACAUAACUCAAACAUAUUUAUGAUUAUUGUUUUCCAUUUAUACUACUUCUCUUCUGACAGAAUUCUGCUCCCUGUAACUCUAAUGCUGAAGUUUGCAUCAAGCCAAUGCACAUGUUAUAAAGUGGUGGUGCUCCUUGGCAGAAAAGUUUAGUUUUGCUCUCAAGGUUGAAGACUUUAUAACCGAGUACAUCUUUGUGCGGUGCAUUUUUUCCAAUAAUCUCUCCACACGCUCAAUAACAAAAGCAUUACAUCUGUGGCACUAUGUGUCCCUUUUGAAAGUGCCCAGGAGACAUUUUGGUCACUAGAAAAAUAUUUUCUGUUUGUAUUUACUGUAGACAAUUUAUACUAACUAAUGAUAUGCAAAAAAACCUUUCAUUUCAGAAAACCAAAAAGUUUUCAUCACUCACCAGAAUUAAACCUGCAACUGUGUACAACUUCUAAGAUUUUCAUCCAGUAAUUUUCUCUCCCUGUUUUGCUUUAGACAGAAAACCGGCCUGAGAUCAGAGCUGAGUCUGAAGCCAAGUUUGUGACCAAAUAUAGUUUCAUGAGUAUGUAUGAAAUGCCAAUUUCAGACACCAAUAAAAUCCCAUCAUAUACUACAGUGGUGCCUAACCAGUCAAACAAUACUGACUGAUUCUUAGUUGAUCACAAGAAGUGUAGAAACAAAUCCGAUCCAACUUUUUUCCGAUCUUGGCAAUAGAUGUAUCAUCCUUUCUGUGUCUGCUUUCUUUCAAUCAUGUCCCAUCAGAUUUACUUUCAAGUGCUACAAAAAAGACACUCUGAGGGUCAGAGAGACAUUAAAAUAAGUGCUUCCAUUAUGUGUAUUAAUCUUGAACACAUCUGUAAGUGCUUGAUGGAUCAAUCUUUGUAUAUACACAAGUUGUGUGGCUCCUUCUUUGAGCUCCAUUCUGGUUUUGUUUAUUGAUCAUUGAUGCAGACAUUACAGGCACAAUACACAAUAACGUUGUGCUUAUUUGUUACUGAGUUUACGAGAAACUGAUGCUUUUGACAAAGACUGAUGGUAUGCUUAUUUCACUUCAGGGAGACAAAAAGCAGACACUGUUGGCCUUGACCCAAAACUUGAGUCAUAGUUCUUGAUCCCAUGUGUUGUUUUCCUUGAUCCCUGGGAAUCCUUGCAGACUUGGACGAACUUGUAAACAAGUAUAAUUUUAUCCAUUACUGGCCAAUGUCCAGAACCAGCAUGUGCUUUCUUUAAAGGGCAAAUUCCCAGACUGAAUGUGUUACAGCAGCCCCCGGAUUCAACACCUCCUCUAUGUGGCCAACAAAUGCUUCCCUUUUUCUAAAAUGGAGGAACCCAACAUGUCAUUUUCAUUUUAUUACAAUGGAUCUUUGAUGCAGACGUUUUGCUGCUGUGGACCAUCUUGCCGUCCAGCUUCUUCAGCUACAUGCUUCAGUCUCACCUUGGUCCACCCCUCUCUUUCUACAUCACCCUCUAUCCCCUCUCUUAACCCGAUGCAGUCUCAGCAGAUGACUGUCUAACAUGAGUGUGGUUCAGCUUUCCGUCUUUUAAAGGAAGUUUUUCCUCUGUAGCGUAAGUUACUAAGUGUUGCACUCAUGGCAGACGAAGAUGAAUCAGAGUGAGUCUGAUCUUACAAGAUGGGGCUCAGUCUUAUCCCAUCUUUAUGUUAGGUCUUUGUAAAUAGAGUACGGUAUAGACCGGCUUGUUUUUUAAGCAUCUUGGAAUAACAUUUGUUGUGAAUUGGUGCCAUGUAAAUUAAGAUUUAUUGAUUUAUUGAUUGAAACCCCCAAAAAGGUUCCCCGUCAGUUUGGAAGUUUUUAAAGGUUUAUUCAGAUUUUUAUCUUUGUUGUGAAUUUUUGGGCUUUGAUAAUCUAAUAUUAUAGCUGCUCAUGAAUCAUGCUGAGAGUUGGAAGCUUGAAUACUGUUAUGAUAUUGGACUGCUGUGUUCCAGGUUGCACAUGUACCAUAACAAGUUUAAGUUCCUCUAAAAACAAGAUCAUAAAAUUCAAAACAGGGCAUUGUAUUAAGCCCUAACACACACGUCAUCGCGACCAUUGUUUUUCGUUCACUAGGGGAAACAGGAUUGUGGUGUGACAAACUUCCCCUCUGAGUUUGCGGUCAGUUAUGCCAGGCUCAACAGACACCCUUUUAGUUUCGGUUUCUGUAAGUGUGCUGACACAGAAAAUUAACAGAAACAGCUGGACUGACAUAUGGAACAUAGGCGAAACUGCCAGGCGACUGUUCCCGAGGUGACAACAGGAAGUUAUGAGUUAAUCCCAACAGAGCCCUGUAUUAACACGCCCAACUUCACAGAAAUUAAUAGACAAUUUUAAAAACAGUUUAGGCAUGUGUGGCCCAUCCCUCAUGGCGAUAGCUGUACUGAGCUGAAUUGUUGUAUAACUCACCAGUCACAUCAUAUCACAACUUAAAAUUACGUAUUAUUAAAGGUCUUGGCCAAUCUAGUGAUAAUAAAAUAACUACAUGUUCCUCAAAGUGUUUCUGUAUGACAAUUAAAAAAACACCAAACUAUCAGUCAAAUAAAGGAAUUCAGGGGUUGUAAAACCUGUUGCACCUGUCUUACAUCAGUGUUACGGUAUCUAAGUCAGACAAGUGCAGACAAAAACACAUCCACAGUUAGGGAUGAAAAACAGGCUUUGUUAAAUUAUUUCAGCAAGAGCUUUGUCCCUUCCACGAUCGCUGCCCUGAAUAGUUUCCUAAAAUAAUCCCAUGCUUAAUCUGCAUAUGUGUUGUCCUGUGUGCCCUGUCCUUAUUGUUAGUAUUGUGAUGUCCCAUGUGCCUUGUUGUCCUUAAGUCUAUGUGCCCAUGCCAGUGUCAGUGAAAAUGAAUUUCCCCCCGGGGACAAUAAAGGUCUGUCUGUC